AUGGCCGAAGUCAUCGCGAAUUGGCUGACAUCAACAUUCCGGCACUCAAAAAAGCCCAAAAGCGAGCAGCCGCGAAAGGAGCGCGACCGAAGAACGGGCCGAAGGAACUCAUUACCGUAUGAAUAUGGUUGUGAGGACAAGAUUAGACGUGAUACAGAAGACAGUGGGCACGAUGAAGAGAGUCUCGACGGAAGUUGUGAAGAUAUAGAGAGAGCCGAGAGUCUUCGAAGACGAGCAUGGGUUGAUCGCAUAUUAAAACGAACGAGCACGAGGUUAUCGUCAAAGAGCCGGAGAACAGAUGCGGAUUCGUUGGAGGACGAGUCGUACCGCCGUGGCAGCGACGAUCUCAAAUAUGACGAUAUUCUGGAGCUGCAGCGAAAAUGGUUCAACCUGACGCACCGCCCGACGGAAGGGUUCGGCUUGUUGAACCGGCGUGCAUUGUCGGAUUCUGAGCUCGUGAUCUCGACGGAUGAAUGCAGCGAGAAGGACUGUAUUCUGGAGAAGUACGGCCUUAUCGAUACGGAGGAGACCGACCCGGAAAUGCCGAUUAUUAAGCGGUGUCUCUGUGUGCCUGAUGGGGUCGAGAUUGGAGACUUUGAGUGUCGGCUUGGACCGGAAUUCUUCCAAGGACUAGCGAGGUCUAUUGACUCGGGGAGCGGGGAGGUGGAGCUGGGGAGCAAGAAGAUGUCACAGCCGGUGAUGCCGGAUAGGAUACGAAACACUACUCUACCCGUCCAGAUCCGCGACAGUGGCCAACCCCUGCUCCCGAAGCGCGUCGUCACGCUGGCGAUCGGCGGGCUGAAGAAGUCGCUCGGGAUCGGGAAGGGCAAGAAGGACAGCAGCCAUGAGGAUGCAGAUGAAGAGGACGAUGAUACUUUAGUAUCGACUACAAAAAUCGACUGGGCAGCCCGCACAAAAAUUGCCACUAAUGACGCCGCGAUGCCGCUCGUCGAUUUUUACCUAUCGAUGAGUCUACGCGCCCGAAAAGCUGCCACCCAAAUCAUCAAGGAAAACGCCGACCUGCGCCAUAUCAACAACACCUUGAGACAGGACUUGGCUUUCCCGCCGAUCUCACCCGCAUUGAAGGUACUGGCCGUCGAGACGAAGAACAAGAAGAAGAAA